AUGGAUAAACAAAAGAAGGUUGAAGAAAAAACAAUUCCCUUUAGUGGAGGACCAAUUAUUAAUCAAAAAGUAUAUGAUAAAAAUUCGAUAAAAGGGUUGAAACACAUAAAUAGUAGCAGUUCAACUAUAUCAACAAGUUCGGGGUCAUCUGUUGAACUUUAUGAAGCAUCCGAAUUACAAAGACUACAUAGUAUUGCAUUAAGGAGUAUUGCUAUUGUAUGUUUAGCUGCCUCUUUAGAUGGGUGCGAUGAACAACUUCUUCCAGCAUCCUUGAGAGCUCUUGAAGUAGAUUUGAAAUUGAGUCCAAAAGAUCUUGGACAUAUUAUUUUGUGCCAGAUAUUAUGCCUCGCAUUGAGUUGUCCAAUAUGGGGUUUACUUGCAGAUAGAUAUUCGAGGAAGUACAUUUUAGCAACCGGUGUAACUGUUUGGGGCUUUGUUACAAUAUUACUUGCAUUUAGUAGUUUUUAUUGGGAGGUUUUAAUCACUAGAGCCAUUAACGGAGCAUUCUUGGGUAGUGUUGGACCAUUAGCACAGAGUGUUUUAGCAGAUACACUCAACUCAAAAAACAGAGGGUUAGGAUUUGGAAUGAUACAACUCUCAAGUUGUCUUGGAAGAGUUUUCGGUGCAGUACUAACUACAUCAAUUUCACAGAAAUUAAUCGUUGGGUUUCAAGGAUGGAGGUUUGCAUUCCUUUUGGUAGGAGUUCUAAGCGCAAUACUUGGUGGGAUAAUAGUAUUUCUUAUGGAUGAAAUCCCUCACCUGCACUUACAUCGUUUUAGGUCGAUUCGAUCAGAUUCCAAUAGCGAAAGCGAACAAGAACUAUUAGAACAACAAGAACAAAGUGAAUUUAGUAUUUCUGUCGUUGCACGCCCAGAUACUGGAGGGGUGGAUUCUGAUAUUCAAUCAGUGAGUGGCUCAAUGUCGCAGGAAGAAGGGCAAAGAGUUACUCUUCUUAAUACAUUUGACACAAAUAGAAUAUUUGUACACGAUGAAAAUGAGGAAAUCUCUGAUAUAGUUGAUGAGAAUGUGUCUACGUUUCAAUUUAUGAGAAAUGUAAUCACACAAAGUUUGUUUGUAAAAAGUGUCAUUUUAAUGAUUUUAGAAGGAAUUAGUGGAACGAUACCUUGGAGUUCACUUACAUUUAUGACCAUGUACUUACAAUAUUGCGACUUAACAAAUUUCCAGGCAGCCUUGGUCGUUGCAACAAUGCUUGCAGGAUCUAUGAUUGGUGGGCCAUUGGGAGGAUUAUUAGGAGAUUACUUAAAUCGUAUUUCUGCCGACCAUGGAAGACCACUUGUUGGUCAAAUUUCGAUGGGAAUAAGAAUUCCAAUAAUGUGUAUUCUUUUCUUGGUAAUUCCAAAAGAUUCUUCAUCAUUCUAUUAUUUUAUGGUUUUAUCUUUUCUUAUGGGAUUCUUUGCAAUUGCAGGUGCUGCCGCAAGCAGACCAAUUCUUUCUGAUGUUGUUAGAGCAUCUCACAGAGCAACUGUAUUCUCCAUAGCUGUUUUGUUUGAAGGUAUUUCAGCGGCUACAUUUGGGGCUCCUGUUGUAGGGAUUUUAUCAGAAAAUGUCUUUGGUUAUAAGACUACUGCCGAAAAUGUAAGUCAAAUGGAUGCAGAAUCGAGGCUUACCAAUGCUAAUGCGCUUUCAAACGCACUUGUCUUCCUUACUGUUUUCCCUUGGUGUAUUUCUUUAUUGUUAUAUUCUCUCUUGCACUUUACAUAUGGGAACGAUAAGAGAUCAUUGAAAAUUCAACUUUCUGAGUUAUCCGGUUAUACAAGGUCGAUUAGAAACAGGUUAGAAUCGAACGGGUCGGAUACUCUUUCGAGUAGAUCUUAG